AUGAUGUGGGCCCUUGCGUCGCUCCUUUUUGCAGGGCUUGCCCGAGCAGCUAUCCCUAAUGCCAUGCUUCGCGGCAUGCCUUCUCUUCCGAAAAUCCCAGUGUCGGAACGUUCUCUCACUUCGCCGAAUGGCACAACACUCCCACCUAUCACGACCGUCUAUUACUUUGAUCAGCUCAUCGACCACAAUAAUCCAGACCUCGGAACAUUCCAGCAGCGAUACUGGAUGGACUGGGAGUUUUACGAGCCUGGUGGCCCCAUCAUCUUGAUGACACCCGGAGAAGCUGACGCGGAUGGCUACGAAGGCUACCUUACCAACGAAACCAUCAAUGGUCUCAUUGCUCAACAACAGAAUGGUGCAACCAUCCUCAUCGAACACCGUUUCUUUGGCUAUUCCAAUCCAUACGACAACCUCACGUCACAAUCUCUCGCGCUCCUCACCAUCCAGCAGGCCAUUGAUGAUCUCGAGUAUUUCGCCAAUACCGCCGACCUUCCCAUGCCUGGGGGCGAUGCUGUGAAACCAGGUCAGGCGCCAUGGGUACUAAUCGGAGGAAGCUACUCGGGAGCCCUCACUGGUUGGACAAUGGUCAACAAACCGGGACUUUUCUCGGCCGCAUAUGCAUCUUCUGCCGUCGUAGAGGCAAUCACUGACUAUUACGGAUACUUCACUCCUAUUCGCGAGUACAUGCCACAGAACUGUUCCUCUGAUGUGGAGGCAGUGAUUGCGUACUUGGAUGGAAUGUACACGGCAAAUGACACCGCUGGAAUCCAGACGCUCAAGGAGGCAUUUGGCCUGGGCGAUGUUAUACACGUAGAAGAUUUCGCCAGUGCACUUCAAUACAACUUGUUUGAUUGGCAAUCCCUGCAGCCCGAUGUCGGCCCAGGAGCAAUGUUCUUCCAGUUUUGCGAUGCACUCGAGGUCAAGGACGGCGUCAAUGCUGGACCUGAGGGAUGGGGACUUGAAAACGCCAUUUACUCUUGGGGUAACUUCUGGAAUACCACAUACUACAACGAUAUCUGUGGAUACGAGGAUGCUGAAACUUGUAUUGGCACAUAUGACACGAGCCAGUCCUAUUGGACUAGUGUUACCGUGAAUAAUGCGGCCAGGUCGUGGUUCUGGAUGGUGUGCAACCAAGUUGGAUGGUACCAGGUUGGCCCUCCUGAAGGCCAGCCUGCAAUCGUGAGCCGCAUCCUCCAACCCAUCUACGAGGAGCGCCAAUGCGUGAACAUGUUCCCUCAAGCCUUCGCCUAUCCACCUCAGCCGACUGUUGCCCAGACCGACAUGAUGUAUGCUGGUUGGGACUUAUAUGUUCCAAAUCUCUUCUUCGCCAACGGCCUGCGCGAUCCUUGGCGCGAGGCAACUGUCUCUGCUGAUGGGUUAUUUAAACCUAACACUACCACCAUGCCUAUCUACGAGGGCGACGGAUUCCAUUGCUCGGACUUGGUCAUAGAGAAUGGCAUUGUAGAUCCGACUAUCGCGGCCGUACAGGAAGCAGGAUUAAUGUACAUGAAGCAGUGGCUUGCUGAGUGGAAGCCUUCCACGCGGUAA